GUUACUAUAGGAACAUUUAGAACAAAAACAACCUUGUUGGGACAAACAUAAAGGACAUUAAGAGGAAAUUAGUGAAUCAUCUGUUGGUUAUUUUCUAAGUACAAAUCUCUAUCUGACAGAGCAGACAUGCAGUGGAAACUGUGGCUCAUUUUGUUAGGUCAAUGCUGUGUGAUGGACUGUCAGCUCUAUGAGUUUCACUACAUUAAUGAGAAUAAAACCUGGACUGAAGCUCAGCAGUACUGCAGAGAGAAACACACUGACCUGGUCACAGUGACUAACAUGAAGGACAUGAAGAGACUCAUCAGUAUCUCACUAGGAGAUAUAAAGGAAGCUUGGAUUGGUCUGUAUGAUCAAACACAUGGUACCAGAACAUGGUACUGGUCUCUGCCUGGAGUGGAGUUCAAUGAAAGUGAGACAAAAUGGGCAACAUAUGAAGCAAAUGUACCAAAAGAACCAAAUAAUUAUGGACCUGAAGGCCAAAACUGUGGGAUUACAUGGAAAUAUGGCUAUCUUUUUUUCAAGUGGGGGAUUUAUCCUGUAAUGAGAAGAAUAAUUUUAUCUGCUAUGAUGAAAUAUCACCUGAUUUCUGAAUCAAAGAACUGGACAGAAGCUCAGAGUUACUGCAGAGAGAAACACACAGACCUGAUCAGUGGAUUGAAGCAGCUACAGGAUGGAAAAGUGAACAAGAGGUUCAAUUUAAUAACUGCAAAUUCAAUGUACAUCUUCACUGGUCUGUUCAGUGACACCUGGAGGUGGUCAGAUGGAAGUAAUUUCUCCUUCAGACACUGGAAUCUACAGUUUAAUAAUCAGAAACUCAACAGUGGUCAAUGUGCCAUGACUGUGUUUGAUGAUGGAGGCAGAUGGAGGAAUGAGAACUGCAACAAGAAAAAACCCUUCAUCUGUUAUGAUGACAGUACACUGAUCCUGAUCACAGACAAUAAAACCUGGGAGGACGCCUUGAACUACUGCAGAGAGAACCACCAUGACCUGGUCACCAUCACCAACAUGGACGAACAGAGAUCAGUCCAGCAAAAAGCUCGGUUUGCUUCAACUGAUUAUGUCUGGAUUGGACUGAGCUACGCCUGCACUCUGGAUUUAUGGUUCUGGGUCAGUGAUGAGAUGGUCAGAUACAACAACUCGGCCCAGAAUGAACCGAUGGACGACUGUGACAUGUCUGGAGCCAUGGAGAGAAAAGGAAAAUAUCUGUGGUUUAAGAAAAAUGAUACUGAGAUGUUUAACUUCAUCUGUUCUGAACAUCCAGCAGGAUAAUAAGUGAUGUACUGUACUCCACUUGUUCUCACAUUAUUGUAUAUAAAAGCUGAUAAAUGUAGAAAAGGAAUUGA